AUGGGAUUAGGGGGACGAAAACAAAUGCUGAAAUUUGAUGGGGUCAUUGCUCCCCGGUCGAUCAGACUGCUUGACGGGAAACUAGCUCCAUUCGAGUUUUCUUUCUCCCUGACGGAGCCUGAACUCAACAGCGAGUUCCUGACGGAGGCUUUUCGUACUAUUCAGGACUUAGGAUUGCAUGGUGUCUUCGGGGUCCGAUACUUCGAUAACCACGACACCCAGCUUUCGGUUGAGAUCAUACAAGGAAACGCGAAUGUCAUGAUACCACGAGGAUCACUUUCAGGCCUGAUCGAUGCGUUCUGGGUCUUCAACCAAGAUGAAGACGAUAGAUGCCACUGCAGAGAACAGUGCUUUCCACAAGGAGGUUCUGAGCACCAGAAGAACCAUUCUUGCGGAUGA